AUGCGACCUACCUUGACAAUUGCUGCUGUGGCUUUCGCCAUCACCACUCGAGCCCAGCCAGUCUUGCCCGCGAAUCCCACAAUCACGUCCCCUCCUACAGAACCUUUACGUGACUUCAAGGCUCAGGCAGGCCGCGCAGCCGAAUUUGCUCUUACCCAAGGACCUAGCGAUGCUGAGCUGUAUCAGCGGCAGAAUGGCGCAGACUUUGUUGGAUACACUUUGAGCGGAUCUACAUAUCUGUCGGUGACCUGCCCAAGCGGUAACAUCUUCCUUACAAAUGCGAACUACGCUUUCUCCCAGGGAAUGGGAUGUAGUCCAGACUGGUACUACGACAGCACCGACGAUAAGUCAGCAAAGGCAAUGUACGGCUGCGGUACGGCAGCAGAGAGGACUUUCUACAGAACUAUCAAGGCCAGCACAACGACAACAUCGAAGCCGACGACAACCUCAAAGCCGACAACUACAUCCCAACCAACGACCACAUCGCAGCCGACAAGCACGUCAAGGCCAGCCACAUCGUCUUCGAUACCACCGCCGCCACCUUCUUCGUCGUCGACGACCUCGAGCGCCCCUCCACCACCAUCGUCUUCCGAAAAGAAGGACCCCCCGACAUCAACCCGCAAAGACGUACCAUCUGCAGAGCCGACAACCGAACAGCCCAAGAGCUCCAAGGCGCCUGACCCCGAAACAACAAAGCAAGAUAGUGCACCCACGACUACCAAAGAAUCUAAUAACGAAGUCUCCAACGCCGGUAGCUCCCUGGUACCCGUGGAAACAAUCAAUAUCACGCAGACCAGAACCGUCACAUCAACAGCGACUUCCACGGACACACCUGGCGGCGGUGAUGCCGUGGAGAACAAAUCCGGCACGGACUCUGAUAGCUCCAACUCCAACAGCACCUCCUCCAACAACGGAGGCGGCAGCAGCGACAAGAAGGACCAGGCAUGGAUCGCCGGGCCCGUCGUCGGCGGCGUCGGUGCCAUCGCCGCCGUGGCCGCACUCUUCUUCGUCGUGAGGUUCCUCCGCCGCAGAUCCGCAAAGGAGGAAGAAAGGGUCGCCCAUAUCGAGGCGUCCAUGCACGAGAAGCCCACCGACCACUCCCCAGUCUCCCCCAUCACGUCCGCGUCGCCCCAUCAGACCAUACGAUCGUCCGAGCUACCAGCGUACCGCCAGAUGUCUCCGCCGUCGGAGCUGCAGCAGUCGGUUUACUCGGCGGAGCUGUCUGGGUAUUCCUCGCCUCAGCAGAGCCGGGUGCAAUCUGCAGAGCUGCCUGCGUUCAUGGUGCCUCCGCAGCCGCCUCAGCCGGUGGCAUCCGCUGAGCUGCCAGCAUAUCGGAUGGCAUCGCCUCCGGUAGAGUUACAAGGAGGAGCGCUCCAGGCUGGUGCUCCAUAUGGUGGCCAGUAUCCUCCUGGACAUUGGCAGUCGCCAGGUGAUUAUGGGCGCCAUUGA